AUGGAACAUUUCUCCGUCGGGACAAACCGUCACGUUGAACUUUGCAAGCGAGAGGGUGGCUGGGCGAGGACUCGCUUCGAUGCAGCGCCCACCGCUGCUGGCUUUGAACGUCCGGCGAGUGUCUAUACACUCGACACUUCGACCUCGUUUUCUUCUUUGCUUCCCCGCGUAGCUUCGCGACUUUUCUCGUCCUUCCGUCCCGUCUCUGGCUUGCCUGCCUUCGCUUUUCCCUCUCUUCCAGCCCGCCGUUUUUGCUCUCAUGUCUCCGCUCUUGGCGCUUCACCUUCCUCCCUCGGUGCCUCGUCACCUUCUUCCUCCGCUCCUGCCUGCACUGCUCCUUCGUCAGCUGAGGCCUCUCCUUCAUCUGAGACUUCUUCUCCGUCGUCUUCGUCGUCGGAGGCUUCUUCGUUUGAUUACUUUUUUCAUCCGUUGACAUCUCCGAAGCAUUAUUUGUCUGCGCAGUUUCCGUCGUCUUCUUUGUUUCUGCGUUUGAUCUCUUUGCUUCCGCCGGCGCCUUCCCCGGCGUCUCCGAACUACCGCGAGAGAAAGAAGGAGCGGAAGAAGGAACGGAAGAAGCACUUUCGCCUCCGCACACUCAUCCAGGACAAACUGCGUGCGCGGCACGAGAACGUUUUCCUGUUUCGCCACAGCCACGACCCGUCGCUGGUCGCGGAGAGCGACGCGAAGAAGAACAUAGUCAUUCAUCCGAUCUUUCGCUCGGUGGAGGCGACCUUUCAGAAGAAACGCCUCAGGGAGCGAAGAAAGGCGCUUCUGAGACGAGAAGCAGCGCUCGAAACGGAGAUGGAGAAACGCGCAGAGUCAGGGGAAAGAGACCUCACGGCCCAAGAAGAGCGGCAGGCGGUGACGGCGGCAGAAUCGCAAAGAGGCGACCGCGAGGAAGGCGAAGAAGCCAGAGGAAAGGAAGGGCUGACAGUCGGGGACUGUGUCGACGACGGCGAAAACGCGAGAGAAGAUGCGGGUCUCUCUUCUGGAGAGCCUCCGGCUGACAGCGAGGCGCUUGUGGGGACAAACCCAGAGCGCGACGGCGAGGAGAUUGCAAACAAGACAGAUGCGGAGCUGGCGAGAGACUUGGAAGAAACACGGCGAGCGAGACUUCGCUUGGAGCAGGUUCUCGCUCAGGUGGCUGCAGUCGAGGAACGCGCGACGACAGAUUUGAACGCGAAGACGACUAACAAGAAAGGGACAAAUCCCUCGCGUCCUGUCAAGAGACAGACGGAUGUGCUCAGCCGCUGCGAGUCUGAGAGUGGAGAAGAAGGCGGAAUCUUCCGCAUUCACAAGAUCGUCGCGGACGCCGAAAAGGAAGCAGAGCAAAGAGAGAUAGGAGAGACAGGAGAGAAAAAGGAACCUGUGCAUCGCUUCCGCCACAAAUGGGAAAUGGACCCGUCUUCGUCGUAUCGACGAAAAGUGCUCGAGAGACGCGGUCUCGUGGCGAUGCCUCUGUCGAACGCCGUGCCCGAGGAAGGCGAAGGCGCAGACGACGAUCUCGUUCCUCUCACUGACGAAGAGGCAGCAGCGUACUACGCACAGGCAGAAGACCUCGGGAAAGAAGCGAGGAGGCUCAAUGCCAAAAUGCUGCAUCUCUCGCAGAAGCUUCUCGCUCGCAUCUACGUGAUUGAGCAGGACCAGUCGAUAUCCUUCGACGAAAGAAUGGUUCGCAUGGCGCCGCUGAGGAAGGAGUUGCAGCGGGUCCAGCGGCCGUACCACAAAAUGUUCAUUUGUCUCCUCAAAGAGAGAGAUCGACGAGCCGGGGCGCCUUCGCUAGAGUACACCGUCGACAAUCCUCUCCUGCCGCCGCCUGACGAAGCUCUCCAGUCUGGGCCUUCGUCGCCUGCGCCGUCUCCGUUCUCUGCGCCGUCUCCGUUCUCUGCGCCGUUUGUUCGGCCGCCCGAGCAGCGGAACGAAGCGUGGACGAGGAAACUUUCGCGGGAGACGCCAAUAGUGCCAUUCUACAAGAGAGACCAUCCGCCGCAAGAGGACGCGAACGGGGGCGGAGCACAAGAGACGCUUGACGCUCCCGGAGGAGACAGCCCAGACAGCGCAGAUCCACGCGAACAGAGAAACGUCCGCAUGACACCAGGCACCGACAAGAACCACUCCACUUCUUUGUCGUCUGUCGCCGGAGCGAGGCCGACUGGAGAGGCGCCUUCUCAGGUGAAAUCCCGCCGGCUGUUUGAAGCGCCUUAUCCCGAAGACGAUUCACAUCUGCCUGUUGCCCCGCCCCAGGCUCCGCCCGUCUUCCAGGAACUCGUGUGGAACCUCAGCGCCCCCAAGUGCUGGGCGGGCGCCUUCUAUGUACGGUCGCCGGGGGCCCAGAUCGGAGACAGCACGGCCGGAGACCCAGGAGACACCGAAGGCAGCGGAGCGCGAGACGCGAGAGAAGAAACGGGGAGAAUGACGCCGGAAGAAGAAGAGAGACAGCGGAGAGAGGAACGAAAGUUCUUCGGGAGAUGGUGGACCAAGAAACAGCGCAUGCUGGCAGAAGGCCAGCCCAACUUCGAGUGGACGUUCACUGCGCUUGGCGAAGGCCGCCGAACUGGAGAGUAUUUCUUCGGCUUGGACAACAUCCUCAAAUGUCGCAGAAAAAGAAGAAAGCGUCUCGGGCGCGGAGACGCGAGUGGGAAAGGAGGCUCGGCAGGACGAGGCACGAAAGGCCAGAAAUCCCGAAGUGGCGGCAGCAUUCCUUUGAGCUUCGAGGGCGGGCAGAUGCCGCUCUACCGCAAACUGCCAAAGUUCGUGGGUCGGCCGCUGGGCCCCGCACACCAGGAAAAAUAUCGAAAAUAUCCUUUCCAGUUGAUCCGCCUUCCGCAGCUGAACGUGAUGAGCGACGGAGACACCUGCGACUGGCUAACGCUCCGAGAGCGGGGCGCCGCCCUCGGAAGGUUCAAAAGGGACUGCCCCGUCAAGGCUCACGCGUUUACCAAGACUGCAGCGCGCGCCAUCAUCGCCCUGGGCGGGAGGUGCUUGCUGCUGCAGCGGCGCACGCAAGAUCGGGUAGUCGCGGAGUACAACCCAGACUACGUGCCUCCGAAGAAGAGCGCGAAGAGAGACGCUGAGACGGAGACAGCAGGGGACGACGUGGAAGACAGCGAGAGACCGCUUCAGCAACUCGCGCGCCUGCGCCGUCGCGUACUCUCUCUGCAGCUCCAAGGGCUGACGAAACUGCUGCGCGAACACCGAGGAAGGUUACAGAGGACUGCGCACCCGACGAAAAAGAGGAGAAGGAGAGUCCUGAAUUUGGCGUCACGCAUCGACCGACUUCAGGCCGAGCUUGAAGACCUAACAGAGGAGGAACGAGACAACGAAGGAGAACAAGAGGGAGAAGAAGGAGGACAGAAAGAAGAAAAGCUGGUUGUGUUGAGGAAGGUCCCGCGGCGGUUCGUCUACCCUGGCAGGCUUCCGCCGAAACAGAGAGAUCUUCUCAGGUGGCGGCGAUUCCUCAUGAAGAAGCGGCGAGAAGCGCGAGAGCGCGAACUUUUCUCUGACGCGCCACAAGCGAAGGAAGACGCGUGA